UGGGUUCAUUAUUCCGUAGCUUUCAGGAAGAAGAGUGGGCAGGCGUAAAUUUGUAAUCACCGUGAAACCACGAGGACGAUUCACUGCAGACGAGUUGUUAACAAGGUGUUAAAUCUCUCAAUAAUUCAUCGGAAUUGUAACAUUUAUUUGAAAUCGAAGAUUACAAACAUCUGCUGAUCACGAAAGUGGACAACCUUUAUACCUACUCAGUCUAAAAUGAAUGCAACACUGAACGCAAUUGAAAUAUUCGCCCGCCAGUUACAAGACCGUUCUCCUACAAGUCAAGCCACAGAGUCGUUGUUCAUGUUGUUGAUCAACUUUGUUUCCUUUGCUGGAAAUCUUCUGCUCGGAAUCGCUGUCAUCAGAAACCCAAAUCUUCGCAGCACUGUUCCCAACAUGUACAUCAUAACUCUGGCUGUCUCAGACUUCCUGAUGUCUUUGCUGGGAAUUCCGUUCUCAGUCGCUUCUCUAAUCGUUGGAAAAUGGCCGCUCAGCAACUUUUUCUGUCAGCUUCAAGGUUUCUGGAUUCUUCUUAUGUGUGCCGUUUCGUUAGAAACUUUAGCUGUCACUGCCGUCAACAGAUAUGUUCGUGUCACCCGAUCCCGCGCGCUAUAUCAAAAACUCUUCAGCCUAAAGAAAACGAAGAUAACAAUCGCGAUUUUGUGGAUCCUGGCAUUGUUUGCGCCCCUUCCAUACAUCGUUUCUGGUCACGAGUUUUUCUUUCACGCUGGUAAAGUUUUCUGCGCGCACGAUUUAGAAAGUUUGAAUCAAGGAUAUGGGGCUUAUUUGGUUCUUGUUUACGUGGCUAUUCCACUAAUGAUCAUCGUUAUUUGUUACACAAAAGUAUUUAUAGCGGUGCGCAAACAUAACCUUCAACGCAGGCAACGAAGGAGGCAAAUGGACCUGCGAUCCGACAGUGGGCUAUCUGUCGAAGAAGUGAACAUUACAAACAUUCUCCUUGUGGUUGUAAUAGGUUUUCUAGGCUGCUGGACUCCCGUAUUGGUGAUUGAUAUAAUCGAUUUUAUAAACGCGGAUUGGAAACUAAAACGGCAAGUGUAUGUGAGUUACACUUGUUUUGGAUUUUCCAGCUCUUCGUUAAACCCCAUCAUAUACGGUAUCAUGAAUCGUUCAAUUCGAGCGGAGUACUUCAGAAUUUUUAAAACCUUGAAGAAUUUUGUUUUUAGACAAAAGAAGUAAUCCAGUGGUAGAUAUAAAGAAGGUUUUGGAGAAGGUCUCCUCCUUCCCCUUUCGCCCUUUUUUUAUAAACCAAUACCUAAAAAUACAAGACCGAGGCGACAAGAUAUUUCUCAAACUUAUUUUGGAAAUAAGGAACUUCCUCUUCCUAGUGAUUCUUGCAAACAGAAGAUCAGAAAAGUAAAAUAAAACGUAAUUAUAUACAUUAUACUUUCGUUUAUUAAAUCAAGGAGGUGUAGCUUUUCUUCAUUUAGUCAUUUGUCGGCAUAGCACAGUUAAACAAACAGAAUAAAAAAUAAGCAUUAUCACAGAACUGAUUUAAGAUAUAAUCAGAGGCUUGUUUACUGAAUUAUUUUCUACCUAGGACAUGGAAAAAGGAAUAAAAACACAGCAAACUCUCUCUUGAAAUUAUUUCAACUCUGGCCUAGAAU